GCUGCUUCCUCCCCUUUAAGCCUCAAAAUGCCUCACGCUUUUUUUUUUUUUACUUCUUCAGACUAUGCCUUCGAAAUCCAGCUGUUUAAGGUGUAUAAGGAGGAUCUGAAACGGGAAUUCAGAUUCUCAGAUAAAAUCCAGUCACAGGUACGGAAUUAUCUGCAAGGUGUCGUGAGAAAACACGAGAGCCUCUCCCGUGGUAAUAACGCCACCUCGGCUUCCUCAUCUACGGCGCCUCCUAUGCUCGUUGGCUUUCAUAUACGCAGGACGGAUUACGUGAAACAUGCUAAGAAAAUGUUUGGAGCCAGAUUACCCGGAGAAAAGUAUUUUAAAAGAGCUUUGAAUUACUACCGGACACGAUUCAAAAACAACGUGGUAUUUGUUGCGGCGUCGGAUGAUAUGGCUUUUAUUCAGUCGAAACUAAAAACAGAAAAGGAUGUUUACUACGCCCCAGGCAAGUCCGCCUCGUUUGACAUGGCGCUCCUCUCGUCCUGCAACCACAGCAUCGUCACCAUGGGCAGCUACGGCUUCUGGACGGGGUACCUGGCGGGCGGCGAGGUCGUCUACCCAGAUGUCAAAUUGUACAGCGAUUACAGAUUCUCCAGAUCGAUGUACGAGCGCGUGCGGCUCGAGAACUUUACUCCGCUGCCGGCCGAUUGAAACGCAUCCGUCGGCAGCAAUUCCUCCAUGUGCCACUUAAUUAACUUCAAGCUGAGACUUGACUUUACUUCAGUGUUAUUUUAAGACAAUCACUUCCAAUCGAGCUGUCUCAUCUAUCCACAACGAUUAUGUGUGAAUGAUGUGAUUUUGAUGUUCCAGAAACAUUUUUUGUUCGUAUGCGUCUGCGAGAAUUUGACCUUGGCUUCGUGUCUGAGCGUGAGUGUUGCCGAUCUGGGAUAUGUGAAUAUUUUUCUACGACAUAUUUUGCUAUGAUUAAUAAAUGUUCGAGUGAGAA